AUGAUGGACAUGUCCGGAGGAGGCUCCGGCCUUCCAUGGCUCGACCAGCCUGUGAUGCUUCAUUCUUCCAGAAAAGACACCUGCACAUUGAGUCCGGAGCAGUGCGCGUACCGUCGCGGCCACUGGCGAUACUGGUACGAAGCGGAUCAUGUCUACGCCUUGAACACCGUCUACUUCAUGUGUGCGACUAUCGGAGUCUUCGCCAUAGCUCACUUCCUCUCCCGGCGGGCUCCUCUGCCCUUGAAACGCAGUGCUCUCUGGCGGAAGACGACGGCUGCCAUGCGCUAUCUCUCCUAUCAGGGAUACCAGGUACCAUCCUUGCGGUACUGGUCGCCGUCUCUGGGUGUGAUGCUCCUCGGGCUGGUGGGAUUUGUUUUCUUCUUCGCCAUGACCCUUGGCCCGAAGCCAUACUACUGGCCUAAUACGGCUAAAGUCUCCUAUGGAAGUAGUCCGCCGAUCGCGACGAGAACGGGGUGGAUGGCCUUGGGCCUUCUUCCUUUUGUGCUGAUCCUGGGAACAAAAGCGAAUCUCAUCUCGGUGUUGACGGGUGUACCGCAUGAAAAGCUUCAGGUCUUCCAUCACUGGGCCAGCUACGCCAUGUUCGUCCUGGCGUUGAUCCACACCUUUCCCUUCAUCAUCGUCCAUAUCGACAAGGGCGAUAUGGUCAAGCAGUGGAAGACGUCGCUCACCUACUGGACUGGAGUUGCGGCGCUGAUUCCCCAGGCGUAUUUGACCGUCAUGUCCUUGCCAGCUAUCCGAAACCGAUACUACGAGUUCUUCAAGGCGACGCAUGUCACCGUGGCACUGCUCUUCGUCCUCUUCUUCUUCUUCCACUGCGACUUUCGGCUCACAUCUUGGGACUACUUCAUCGCCGGCGGCGCCCUCUACCUCUUCAGUCUCUGCGCAGCAUACGUCCGCACCACCCUCCUCCACGGCCGCCACAAAGCCACCCUCGACGUCCUCCCAUGCGGCCUGGUCCGCAUCAAGAUCCCCACCUUCAUAACCUGGUCCCCAGGCCAACACAUCUUCCUCCGGUUCCUAAAUCCCUCCCAGCUCGGCCUGCACUCUCUAACCGCCCACCCGUUCACCAUCACCUCCAUCGCCCACAACCCAGCCUCCCUGCCUAAACCCAACGAACUAGUCUUCUACAUCAAACCCCGCGGAGGGAUCACAGCUCGACUCGCCAGCCUCGCCGCACAGCGCCCAGGCACCGAGCGCACCGUGCUGCUCGAAGGUCCCUACGGCGGCCUCGCUGCAUCCAACGACCUCGCAAGAUUCGACUCUGUCCUUGUCAUCUCUGGUGGCUCAGGCGGCGGUUUCUCGCUAGGUAUCGUGGACGCGGUCCUGGCCUCCUCCCCAACCCCAGCUCUACAGAUAAUCUUCGCAACGCGCAAUCAGUCAAUGGCAGAGUGGUACAUCGAGGAAAUCGAGACCCGCAUCUCAACCUCCAAUGCCUCCAGCAGAGGCGGGGACGCCUCCGCCUCGGUUUACGUUACCUCUGCGCAGCAGGAGCAACAGGAACAGCAAGAAGACGACGAGAGCAAACUCCCCUCCACCAAACCUCUCACCAGCAGCAUGUCGCAGAUCGCAGUAACACACGGCCCCCGGCCGGACCUGCCUGCCUUCAUUGCGGGCUGUACGUCUCCAUCCAGCGCGAAAGGUAAGCGUGUAGGCGUCUUCGUCUGCGGUCCGGCGAGCAUGCUGCACGAUGUGCGGAAUGCGGCUGCGCGGGCGCAGCGGGAUGUCCUGGGGGAUGGGGCGGAGGAGGUAUACCUCCACCUAGAGCCUUUUUCGUAA